AGAUGGAAGAAAAACGAAGAGGAGUUAACCACGAUUUUCUAGAUCUAGCCAGCAGAUUUGUAUCUAUUUAUAAUACACAAGGUCUUGAUAAGUAAAUAUCUACCGUAGAUAUGGCAGAAGCGAUUCAGAAAAAGUUACAAUUGGAACUAGAAAAAUACCAACAAAUGCAAAAAGAUGUCAGUAAGAGCAUGUCAGCCCGACAGAAACUGGAGGCUCAGGUGACGGAGAAUAAUAUAGUCAAGGAGGAGUUGGAUUUGUUAGACACCCAGAACACAGUUUACAAGCUUAUAGGUCCAGUUCUGGUGAAGCAAGACUUGGAGGAAGCCAAAGCCACUGUGGCAAAGAGGCUUGAAUACAUCAAUGGGGAGAUUCAAAGAUAUGAGAUGCUUCUAAAGGACAUGGAGAAAAAGUCUGAACAGCACCGUGAAGUCCUGUCGAGUCUCCAGCAGGAGUACCAGAGGGCUCAGGGCCGGGCUGUGGGCAAGGUCUGACCAGCAGGUGGCGCUGGAACACAAACUGACAGACUGAAUCCAGCCACGGUGUUGCCGCUCAACCCACAAUGUCGCUAUACAUCAGACGACUUACAUAGACUUCUUCACCUCUACUCAUUGUAUGCAGAUUUGGUGGCCAUUAGUGCGAGUUUUCUGUUGCUGUUAAUAUGAAUAAAUCGUUUUUCUUUAUUUGUGAUUU